AUGCCCUUUGGUUUGCGCAACGCUGCCCAGUCGUUUCAGCGCUUCAUCGAUGAGAUCUUGCGGGGCCUUCCAUUCGCUUACGCCUACAUCGACGACAUACUCGUCGCAAGCUCUUCGGCAGAGGAACAUGCCUCGCAUUUACGCCUCAUAUUCGAUCGUUUCCAGCAACACGGUUUGCAAUUAAACGUCGACAAAUGCCUUUUUGGCGUUAAUUCUCUCGAUUUCCUUGGCCACCACGUCGAUCAGCACGGAAUCACUCCACUUACAGAGAAGGUGCAAUGCAUCUUGUCUUUCCCUGUUCCCAACACACUCACUCAGCUGCGACGUUUCAUAGGCCUUAUCAACUAUUACCGACGUUUUAUUCCCCACUGUGCGGCAAUCCUGGCUCCCUUGACUGACCUUUUGAAGUCGAAGGCAAAACCUACUGAACUUUCACCGGCAGCCCACACAGCUUUUGAGGAAGCGAAAAAGGCUCUUGCCGAUGCCACCAUGCUGCACCACCUCAGCUCUGACGCUCAUACACAGCUCAUUUUGACCACCGACGCUUCCAGCAGUGCUGUCGGCGCAGUCUUGCAUCAACAGGUGAAUAACCAGUUGCAGCCUUUAGCUUUCUUUUCACAGAAGCUACAACCGGCGCAGACUCGCUACAGUACUUUCUCUCGCGAGCUCCUAGCCGUCUACUUGGCCAUCCGUCACUUUCGACACCUUUUAGAGGGCAGAGACUUUUCGGUCCACACCGACCACAACCCUCUCACUUACGCCCUGAAGGCCAAGCCAGAUCGGUACUCGCCCAGGGAAGUUCGUCACCUGGACUAUAUUUCGCAGUUUACUGCCGACAUCCGCUACGUCCGAGGCAGCGACAAUGUCGUUGCUGAUGCAUUAUCCCGUCCGGACAUCAACACACUCACAUCCGAUUUCGACCUGGCGAGGCUUGCAGACCUCCAAACAGCAGACGAGUCCAUCGCGGACUUACGUACGUCUACUACUCUGCAGCUUCGAGAUGCACCACUUCCUGCGUCACCAGGUACGAUUUUGUGCGAUUGGUCCACAGGCACCCCUCGUCCUGUUGUUCCACUAUCCUAUCGUAAGGUCGUCUUUGACCACUUCCACUCCCUCUCCCACCCUGGCAUUCGCGCUGGACGUAAGUUAAUCGCGGCUCGUUUUGUUUGGCCGAAGAUGAAUUCCGACAUUGCUCUUUGGACUAAACAGUGCCUCGCAUGCCAGAAGAACAAGGUUCAUCGACACACUUUCUCCACUCCAAGUACCUUUGCGGUCCCGGAUGUUCGAUUUAAUCAUGUUCACUUGGAUUUAAUCGGACCGUUACCCCCUUCACGUGGGUACACACAUAUCCUGACGGCCGUUGACCGUUUCACACGAUGGCCGAUUGCCGUUCCUAUCUCGGAUACCUCGGCAGAAAAUAUCGCCAUGGUUUUUCUGACCCACUGGAUCUCAACUUUUGGUGUUCCAGCCACCCUUACCACCGACCGCGGAAGUCAAUUCCAAUCUAGCCUCUUCCGUGAGUUCACUAGACUGCUCGGGUGCGCGCACAUCACAACCACGGCAUAUCAUCCUGCCUCCAACGGUCUCGUUGAGCGUCUACACCGCCAACUGAAGUCCGCACUGAUGUCCCAAACAGAGUCAGCUACUUGGAGUGUCAAUCUCCCUCUUGUGCUUUUGGGCAUCCGAUCUUCUGUCAAGGAGGACAUCCAAUGCACCGCCGCCGAACUUGUGUACGGUACACCCCUCCGUCUGCCUGGCGAAUUGGUGCAGCCUUCCACAACACACACUAACAUCACGAGCACCUUCGUACAGCAGUUGAAACAACGCAUGGCUCAACUGCGUCCAACCCCCACUCGUCUGACCUCGAAACACGUGUUUGUACGCGAGGACCUUAAAUCCGCCCCUUUUGUUUUCGUCCGGCAUGACGCAGUGCGCAAGCCCCUUUGUUCUCCCUACGAUGGCCCAUAUAAGGUCGUUCAGCGGAAUGACAAGUUUUACGUCCUUCAAAAGGCUGAUAAGACUGACACGGUCUCCAUUGACCGCCUAUAA